UUUUCGGGGUUCGGUGGGAAGGAGGACACCUGAGAGAGAUCGGAGGGGUUUCUUUAGGUUCCGGUUGGGGUUUUAUCUCGGGCAUGUGGGUUUUGCGCGAGUUGUGGCGGUGUGAGUUGGUCCCUUGAGGGUUUGAGGGCUUGAUCUUGAUAGAAGCGUGAUAUUUUGUAGGGUUUGGGGAUUUUCCAUCGAAAGGAUUCUUCUUUGGCUACAAAAUUUUUAAUUCAUGCCCAUUCUUUUUUACUGUGAUCAGAAGGAGGCUCUGAACUCCUAUUAGAAGAUUUUGGCGUCUCCAGCAACCUACAGCGAGAGCGAGCGGCGAUGUAUCACUUCCGGACCCUCAUCUUGCACCGCUUCCGCGGCCCCUCCCUCGGAAGCGCCACCUCCUCUUCUCCUCGCUUUCUCCAUCUCGCGCUCGCCAGAAGAUCCCUCCGUGAGGCGGGUCCCGCUGCCGGCGCCGCGGUGGCGGCGCUGCCGCACUACCAUCGCACGCUGUUCAGACGGAGCCUGAUCCUCCAGACCGUCCCGGAGCCGGUGAAGGUGGAGAGGCUUUCCGACUCCGAUUCCGGGAUUGUUGAGCUAAGGUUGGAUCGUGGUGAGGCCAAAAACGCGAUAGGGAAGGAGAUGCUGAAAGGAUUGCAGAACGCGCUCGAGGUGAUCAAGGAGGAUGCAGCAGCAAAUGUGGUCAUGGUCUGCAGUUCGGUUCCUACGGUUUUCUGUGCUGGGGCCGAUCUCAAGGAACGAAAGAAGAUGAGUUCUUCUGAAGUCCAGUUAUUUGUGAACUCUUUACGGACAACAUUCUCAUACUUGGAGGCACUCUCUAUUCCUGCAAUUGCUGUUAUUGAAGGAGCAGCAUUGGGUGGUGGGCUAGAAUUGGUUCUUUCAUGUGAUCUUCGCAUAUGCGGUGAGGAUGCAAUGUUUGGCAUGCCGGAGACUGGACUUGCAAUAAUUCCUGGAGCUGGAGGGACCCAACGUCUUCCUCGAGUAGUUGGAAGAUCUGUGGCAAAGGAGCUCAUAUUCACUGGUCGGAAGAUUGAUGGAAAAGAAGCUUUCUCUUUGGGACUUGUCAAUUACUGUGUUCCUGCUGGAAAGGCAUACAUAAAAGCCCUUCAAGUUGCGAGAGAUAUAAAUCAAAAGGGUCCCUUGGCUCUAAGGAUGGCUAAACAAGCUAUUAACCAAGGAAUGGAAGUUGGCAUGCCGUCAGCAUUGGAUGUAGAAGAGAGAUGUUAUGGGCAACUCCUGGAUACAGAGGACCGUCUUGAAGGGUUAGCUGCCUUUGCAGAAAAGCGAAAGCCAAGAUAUGCGGGCAAAUAGACCUGCAAUAACCUGCAAAGGCAAUUGCACAAUAAUGAAGCCUUCUGUUGUUGAAACUUUUACAGAAAAUUAUUCAUUGGCUUCCUCAAUUGGACCAAGAUUGUACCUGCAAAGGAAUUUGGAGGCAAAUGUUGUUUACUAGCAGAUGUAUCAGAGAGCUUUGUUUAAGUUGAUAAAUUUAAAACAAUGGUAAUAAGAAUUGCUAUUUCAGUUUUGUGCCAA